AAAUACAAGGGACAGUUUUCGAUUUCAAAUUCGCGAUAAGAGAAACAGUAUUCAGGCAGAUUUUGCUUCAAGUUCGCGCUCUGCCGUCAGCCUUAUUUAUCAGGAAACUCAAUAGAACCGUUAUAUCUUUUGUUAAACCGUCUUUAAAGAAAAUUCUAAGCAAAAACAGUUGAAAAAUCGUUCUGGUUCAAAAUCAUAUACUUAAUACCAUAUUCGGUUCAAGAACAAAAUCUCCAUAAAAUGGCACAAAUUCGACCAUUGGCACCUGAAUUGGCUGCGGUCGCCGCCACCGAACUCAACGAAGUGGAAUCACGUAUCGCCGGCGACAUUGUCGAACUGCGUCAGUGGAUCGAAGAUCAGCCAUAUUUGACAGCGCGCACCGAUGAUCAAUUCCUUGUGGGUUUCCUGCGUUUUUGCAAAUACAAUAUGGAUGAUGCAAAGAAACGCAUCGAUUACUAUUACACAUACAAAACGACAGCCGGCGAUUUGCUGAAGAGUCGAUGCCUUGACGAUAAAGUUUACGGCAUCUGCCGUGCGGGCAUAUUCGCUACACUUCCGAAGCCAGCAGGUCCUGGCGGUCCACGCAUACACUUCACACGUAUGGGCCAAAUUGAUACUUCUCUUUAUACGGCCAAAGAUAUCUUCCGUUAUAUAAUGUUCCGUUCCGAAAUUGAGGCCAACACCGAUGAUAAUUGGAUUAUUAGCGGUGUACUUGAGAUAAUCGAUUUCUCCAAAAUCCCAUAUGCGUUGUUACGUCAAUUCGAACCGAAUUUAUUCAAAAAGAUGGCCGCAUUCUUAGAAUAUGGCGUGCCUACUAAUCUCGUGGGUACACACAUCGUAAAUGCUUCCAUGGAUGCCCUAAUCAUUUUAAAUUUAGUGCGCUUAGUUAUGAAACAAAAGGAAUUGCUCCACAUACAUUCAACGCUGGAGUCUCUACAAAAAGCCAUUGGAAAGGAGUACCUACCCGUCGAAUAUGGUGGCAGUAAUGGUAGCUACGAUGAGGCCAUGGCAAAUUACGAACAACAGCUCAAUGAAUACAGCGACUAUUUCAAUGAGGAUGAAAAGUAUGGAGUCGAUGAGAAAUUGCGACAAAGUGAGUCUACAGUAGGAGCCAAUAAGACGCCGCCCUCACCAGCAUCGCCGCCAUCGCCCAAAUGUGUGAGUGUACCUGAGGGGUCUUUUCGUAAAUUGAAUAUCGAUUAAAUUAAAAAUAUAUAUAAAUAUACACAUAAAUUUAACGAAAGAAAAGCACUAUAUAAAGAAACGACCAACGUACGUUAUAAUGAAAUGGACAAACAAAAAAGUAACCACAAACAAAACAAAAAAAAAACAAAAAACCAAUAAAAAAAUUAAAACAAAAAAACCAAACAAACACAUAGAAAAAACUAAUACGAAGCCGAAUUGGCAGCGGCGGAAAUAUAAAUAGUUUUUCGUUCUUUUGUGCGUUCGUGAAAUAAGUGAAAAUAAUAAUUAAAAAAAAAAAAAAAAAAAUUAAGUAAAAGAGUUAAACUAACAAAAGGAGAUCAACCACUGCGUAAAUAGUAACAGAAGAAAUCAUUAACUCCGAAUAUUAGUGUUAUUUAGUGACGUAUUGUAAUUAUUACUGAGUUUUCAUACACGGAGCCAACAAACUAACUAAUGCAUAGAGCAACCAGACAAACGAAAAAUUAAUAGUAAAAUUUUAUGAAAGCUGCACUACACGCGGAAGCUGAAAUACAAAAAGCAAUAGCAACUAUUGCAAUUAUAUUUACUUAAAUAGAAUGUUGACAUAAGAGUACACAUAACCCUAAAAAAAACAAUAUAUAUAUAUAUAGUAUAAUGUGUAUAUAUGCAUACAUACAUAUAAUACAAAUACAACUACAUAUAUACAUAUAUGCAGAAUACUUGAAGAGGACCCAUAUAUAUAUACACACACACAGAUCCAUAUAAAGCAACAUUUUUUAAAUGCUUCAUUCACAUACAUAUUUUAUGCAGAUGUAAACAUUUAUUUUUGGGAACGAUUUUUUGUGAAUGUACAUACCUACAUAUAUAUAUAACUAUAUGUAUAUGUUUUAAGUGCGAGGUGGAUUUUGGAAGGAGUAGAUAUCUUGUGAAAUUAAAAUUUGUGAACAACAAAAAAUAUAUAUAUUACAUACAUAAAUACAUAAAUAAUAUAAAUACAUACACACAUACAUAUAUAUAAUACAAUAUAUACACACAAAAAUUCCAAAAACAAAACGAAAAAAACUAAAAUAAGAAAAAAGUAAUUUUGCAUUGCAAAUAACUCAUUGUAGGUAUAUAUGAACAUAUAUACAUACAUACAUACAUUUAUAUGUACAUGCAUAAUACUGUGCUGUGUGUUAAUCAUUACCAAUUUAAGUGAAACUAAAAAGAACUAACACUAUAAAAUAUUAUUAAUUGUAUUCAAUUACGCGAAUUCCAUUUUCUGUGUAACAUUUUUUGUUAUAUCACUAAGCAUUUAAUUGUUGAACGUGGUGUUCCGAAUAUUGCCUGUGGAAAAAACCAAAAUAUCGUUGAGAUUUCUGACUAAGCUGAACAUUUUUCUUUGAAAUUUAAGUACAACUAAAUGUAUAACUUCGUUCCGAUCGAAUUUGUUUUCAUUUUCAUUUCCAAUAAAAAAUGUUUCUCAUAACUUAAUCAUUCGACCAGCUUCGCUAUACAUUUUAUUGCAGCAAGCAAUCUUAUUAAAAAAAAAAACGAUUGGAACUUAUCGGAAAAAAUUUGAAUUUUAGACAUUAAUUGUGUAUUUCUUAGCUUGCAAUGCUUUUAAGGCGAAGGUGUAUUAAUGUAAAAUGCUAAUUUACUUAUUGUAAUCAUUUCAUCAGCAUUGAAAACCCAAUCUUUGUAGUUCAUACAAUUUUUAAUUUCACUAACAAAUGAAAAAAAAACAAGAUAUCCUACUAAACAUUAUAAGUAAGUUUAUGCUUAUGCAUUAACACAAUUCGGUAUUACAUUACAUACAUACUUAAGCUUUUUAACCGUCCUUCCUACACGAGAAGAACCUAUAUGAAAAAAGGCAUUGAUUUAAUUUUUUAAUUAUUUUUUUUGUGAUGAUUCUGAGCUGUAAGUGAUUUUUCUACGCAUAUGUGUAUUUUUUUUUUUUAAUUUUAAGCAUUCUUAUAUUAUUUUUUUUUUGCGGUGAGAUUGGGUUAAAAAUGCCUUCGCACCAUAUAGUAACCGUCGUUUCUACGUGUGUGAUGAUUCCACUAAAAAUGUCCCUUCUCUUGGAUUUUUCCCUCCACCCCGGGACUGCUUCCGCAUUGCUUCGAGGUAGAGGGCCAAGACGGCGUCCUAAAAAGGCCACUUAUUUACUCACCCUGUGUCCAGGGUCGCCUAUUUUGAGAAACCUAUACUCAAUGUUCUUCAGCAGAAGUUUCCAUUUCGCGCUUCUUUGUUCGUAUAAUAGCCUUCACGACAUUUGCGACGGCAUUCCAUAUUUCUUCGUCUAUCAUCAUUUUCUCGAUUAUUCCUUCAGAUGUAAAUACACCAAUAGCUCGUUGCAAUAGCUAUGUUCCACCUCUCGCAUUUAAAGAAUGUGUGCUCCGCAUCAUCAUACGCAGUAUCUCCAUAUCUCUCACAUGUUAUAAGUAAUUAGCUACGGCAGGGAGUUCUCAUAUGAAAUUUAAAACACCUGAAAGAAUGUAAAUUUUACUUUUGAAGGCAGGCGACCGUCUCUUUUUCCAGACGAGGGUGUUUAAAAUGCGCGACGCAUCAUCAUAUUCGCCGUCUCAGCAUUGGUAUGCAUGUCAUUUUUUGAGACCACAGCCCAAAGCAGAGGAGGAAAGGUGAAUAAAGCAAGGUGUGCCGCAGGCUGGUGUCCUUUCACUCUUGCUUUUCCACUUCUUUAUCUCGAAACUUCGCGAAACACCAGCACAGUUUCACUGGUCUCGUAAGCUGACGCUUGUUCGUUAAUGGCGUCCGGUAGAGACUUUAGUUCCAAAGUGAACUUUUAUCUCACCUGCGACCUUUUUAUCAUCUGGACGAAGAGGUUCAAACGGCAAACAACAACAGCAACAACAACAACAACAACCGUUAACAACCCCAAACUUUUGAGUGUCACCUUCGAUAGUUUGCUCUGCUACAGCAACAACAACAACAUAUACUAAAACCCUCCCUGGUUUGAAACCGCUUUCGCAUUGAUUCAGAGUGGUGUUGCAUAUUUCUCAUGGCAUUAAUCUCUGUCUGUACACCAGACGUCCAGGUCCUGCUUUUUCAACCGAAGAAUAUUUUUAAAUAUGUUGAUGCUUUCUCGCAUUCCCUCACCGCGUAUCACUUUGUUGAUUAUAUUUCCAGUGGUUAUAUGGCCGAUUGCCUUCUCUAAUGUUCGUCGUUCUUAUUUCCAACUCGAGUGUGUUCAGCGUCAUCUUCGGCUGCAGCGCCGUAUAUGCAUUCCUCAUUUUGAACAUAAAUACCUAAAAUACCCCGACAGUAUUUGGGUUGUGUAAAGUUUACUUCAUCGAAGUUUCCGCUGCGCCAUGUGCUGCAUAUCAUUUAUUAGUCUCGCUCUCCAUGUACCUCGCGAUUCAUAUCUCUAAUGGUCUUGCCAUAGUCUUAGCGUUUCUUCUUUUAUUUCUCGCUCUGCAGUUCUGGUACUGGUGCUUUAUUUUUCCACCCACAAGCCGUCUAUUAUGUUUACAAGUUUUUAAACUAUAAAUCAAUUGCGAUUAUAUAGUAGAACAAAAUGAAUAAGUGCUUUUUCUUCGGUUUAAUAACAUCUGGCAAUAGUUACGCAACAGCCGAUGAUAAUCUUACCAGUUAAUAGCAUUCGAAAUCCCUGAUAGAUUUUAUUUAAUCAAGCAAAAUGGAAACAGAAAAGCAAAAACUAAUAUUUAUUAUUUACGAAACUUGAUAAGCAUAAAUUUUGGUAUCGCAAAGUUCGCCAUUUGGUUGAGUUUCUGAAGAUUAUUGCUAAAAAAAAGGCGUUAUAUGAUUUAUUGGUUCCAUAAAAAUUCAAUAAUCAGUUAUUUAUUCAGCGCGCCAUAAACUGCAUAGACCACAUAUUUAUUGAGCCAUCUGAGAGAACAAAGAAAAUUCAUUCUACUGGGCCAAACACCUAACAGAGGGGAUUGCUCAAUAAAACUCAAAAUAGUUGUUUAAUCAUCAAAAUUUAUUUUGUCGUCUUCAAAAUAGGCUCCAUUCGAAGCAAUACACGUAUGCAAACGAUUAGUCCAGUCAUCAAAGCACCUUUUAAACGCGUUUGAAGAGAUCUUCUUCAGCUCCUUUAGCGAAUUCUCCUUAACGGCCUCUAUCGACUCAAAGCGGCGUCCGCGGAGUGGAAAUUUAAGUUUUAGGAAAGGAAAACGUCCCAAGGGACUAAAGCUUGUGGAUACUGUGAUUGUUCGAUGAUAUUUGUCGAGUUUUUGGUAAAAAAAAUGUUCACAAUAUGAGCCUUGGGAGACGGUGCGUUAUCAUGGUGCAAGAUCCAUGAAUUUUCUUUCCACAAAUUAGGCCUCUUCCUAGGCACAUUCUCUCUCGAACUUCGCAUAACUUCCAAAUAAUAUUACUUAUUUACCGUAGAACCAUUUGGAAUGAACUACGACUGCACAACACCAUGAUACCCAAAUAAAACGAGUAGCAUGACUUUCACUUUUGACCGACUUUAACGUGGUUUUUUGGGUUUCGGCUCAUGUGGAUAUCGCCAUUCAGCCGCCUGCUGACUGGUUUGCAUGUCGAAUCCAUACACCCACGUCUCAUCACCUGUUAUGAUGCGCUAGCUAAACGUUGGGUCCGAAUUCACAAUGCUCAAGCAUGUCUUCAGCCACCUUCUUCCGAUGAAUUUUUUGAAAGAAAUUCAACUAUCUUGAAACGAGUCGAGCAGCUAUGCGUCUCAUACCCAAUUGAUGGUGUAAAAUGUUGCGAAUUGAUUCGUAAGACACUCUAAGGUCGCGAGCUACCUCCCUCAAACUUAAAUAAUGGUUUUCCAGCACCAUUGCCUUGACUUUUUCGACGUUUCCAUCCGUUGAGGAAGUCGAUUGGCGACCAAAUCGCGGCAAAUCUUCCACGACUUCUCGGCCCUCUGCAAAGGUCUUAUACUACUUGUAGACCCUUUAAGCACACUCGCCAUAGGCUUUCUGCAACAUUUUCAAUGAUUCGGCACACGAAAUCCCGUUGAAACACACAAAAUUUAAGACAAAUUCUUUGUUCGAUAUUUUUAUCCUUAGUGAAAAUCUUAGAGCACAUCUGCGGUUGACUGAUAUAAUUAAAUGCCAAAAACAAGCUAGUUGACAAAUCAUGCUCACACUCUGCAACACUAUGGAGGACAGUUGUACCAACAAUCCAGCAAAAAAAAAUUUAGGCAUAUGUAUAUGUAACGCGCGGUUUUUAAAUGAACAAUUCCCGACAUUUUUUUGACAGUAUGUAUGCUCUCUUCUCAGUAUUUAUAAAAUACAAAAAAGCCAAUAGACUCUUCUAUGUAAUAGGCAAAAGCUUCACGCAUUAACGCUAGCUGUAUUGAUUAAAAAUCAGAAAAGGCGCAUACACAAAAAAAGAAAGCAAAGUACUAAUUUCCAAAAAAAAUUAGUAAUGUGUGGUUCAAAAAUGAUAGACAUAAAAAUAAUUUUUCGGCAUCAGAAAAUUAUCUUAACUCACUUACGUUUCAGAAAAUCACAAAAACUCUCCAUUUGCACACACCUCAACGUGAAUGAGAUAUUCAUGUUACUUAAUUACUUAAUUUUAAAUUAAAAUUGCACAUUUUUUUGGCGAAACGUAGUUUUUAUUUAUUUAUAUUUUUCAUUUUUGUGCACACGAUUUCUUAAGCGUUCUUAAUUUUUACCUUAAAAAUAUUUAAUUCGUAAGUUAUUUUGCGGCUUUAUUUUUUAUAUAAUAUUAAUUCGCUUUAAAUUAUUUUAACCUAUAAUACCUAUUUCUUCAAAAAAAAUUAUCAAAAUUCUAAAUAUGAAAAAAUCCCAUUCAUUGCCCUGACAUUUUCUUUAAUUA